UUUUGUGUGAAAUCUCGUUCUAAACGAGAAUAAUGGCUGCGCCCAUGAACAUGUGCGAGUUUGGAUUAUAUCGUCAAUGAUGCCAUACUGCUAGUUGCUUAUCCAAGACGUCUUCAUAACACAUUUGACUCUUCACUUUAGUUUUUCAAAAUGGCCAAGAAAAAAAGAUUUAUAGCUGAUAAAGUGAGAAGUAAGAAGACAGAUGGACAAAAGAAAACUAACCCAUUUGAAGUGAAAGUAAAUCGCCAAAAGCACCAAGUACUGGGACGAAAGGUUGCUAAACAUGACCGAGGCUUACCAGGCGUAUCCCGGUCGAAGGCUAACAAAAGGCGCAAGGAGACACUGCUACAGGAAUAUGAACAACGAUUCAAGGCUAACAAGUUGGUGGAUCGGCGGUUUGGGGAGAAUGACACCAGCCUCAGUGUGGAGGACAAGAUGUUGAAGAGAUAUGCCAUAGAGAGAGAGAAACACACAGGUGGAAAUAAGUUUAACUUGAAUGACGAUGAAGAAUUGACCCACUACGGUCAGUCACUGUCCGAGAUUGAAAAGUUUGAUGACCCAGAAAUCAGUGAUGAAGAUGAGGAUUCUGGGAAGAUUGGAGGAGAUGUGGUCGCCCGAGAACACUUUGGAGGCUUCAUGACGCGGAAAGAUCCAUCCGAAGCGGAAGAUGACCAACGGUCGUGGAAAGAGAAAAUGGAGACCGUGAUAGCCAAGUCGAAGAAGGAGAAGUUUGACCGACAGUUUGAGCGGGAGAAGACAGCUGAACUGACAGAGGAGUUGGAUGAGCAGUGGAAGGAUGUUGCUCAACUGCUACGAGGAAUGACUGGCAAGAGAGAGAACAAGCCUGCAAAUGAUGAUUAUGACAUUGCAGUGAGGGAGCUGAAGUUCGAGAUCAAAGGAAAAGCAACAGAUAGGCUAAAAACAGUUGAGGAACUGGCAAAAGAGGAAAAGGAGAGAUUAGAAAAUUUGGAGGCUGAUCGUGUGAGGAGGAUGAAAGGUGUCCUCCCACACAGCGUCCCAUCACAGCCACAACACUACUCUGCCGACAGUCUGGAUGAUGGGUUUGUGCUGGACGCAGAUGAUAGGAAUCGGGGGAAAGUGCGCUUCCUCGAGGAAGAAGAGGAAGAUUCUGAGGACGAAGAAGAGGAACGUGAGGAGGAGGAAAAGGAAGGUAGUGACGAAGAAGAGAAUGGUGGCGAAGACAGCGAUCGUGGUGAUAAUGACGAUGAUGAUGUUGAUGAGGCUGACAAGGACAACAGUGAUGAACAUUCAGAAGGAGACAGCGAGGACAGUUAUGCUGAUAUUCAUUCAGAUUCAGAAGGAGAGAAAGACAAUGAGCAAAGUGUGUCAAAGACAAAGUCUAUUUUAAAAAAGAAACCGGAGACAAAAGCCGAGAAACAGAAGAAAAAAGAAGUGAGACAGGCAGCAGCCAAUGAGUUGCCUUACACCUUCGAAGCCCCUGACAACUAUGAUGCUCUGCUGGACAUGCUCCACGGCCGGUCAGAUACUGACCAACUGACCAUCAUAGACAGGAUCAGGAAGUGCCACCAUGCCAGUCUCGCAGAUGGGAACAAGGUCAAGAUGGAGAACUUGCUGCAGCUGUUGAUCCACUACUUCGGUAGUCUGGCGCUGCAGGAGGUGCCAUCCCUGUCACUGCUGGACAAGCUGACCGGACAGAUAUACGACCUGACCCAAUCGGCACCGAACGUUGCCGCGGAAACCUUGCAGGAAAUUAUCAAGAACCAGCAGGCAGACUUCACUCAGAUGAGAGAGAUCAGGAGGCCAGUUGUUCUGGGUUUGGACACCCUGCUGUACCUGAAGCUGGUGUCAGUGCUGUUCCCCACCUCCGACUUCAACCAUCCUGUGACGGUCCCCGCCCUCAUCUUCAUGGGCCAGCUGCUUGGACAGACUCCAGUCAACACCGAGAGAGACGUGGCCUGUGGCUUAUUCCUCUGUGAUCUGUGCUUGGAGUAUGUGUCGGAGUCCAAGCGGUUUAUCCCGGAAGUGAUCAGCUUCCUGCACGGAGUCCUCUUCCUGUCAGCCAACAAACAACCCAACAAAAUUGAGAGAGUCUCAGGUCCUUUCAAACCAGUAGGAAAGUCCAUCAACCUGCUUCAUAUAAGUGAUAAGAAGUCAAGAUCAUGUAGCUUUGAGGGGAUGAAGUUGAGUCAAGUGUUCGGAGUGGCUGUGGAGAGAGGAGAUCUUUCAAGCUCACAAUUCAAACUGUGUCUGAUUCACUGCUGUGUGAGUCUCCUGCAGGAGUUCUCCCGACUGUACAGCGACCUGCCGGCACACACAGACAUAUUCUCCCCUGUACUGUACAUGUGUGACAGACUGCCAACCUCCCACUACCCAACACACCUCAAGGAUUCUGUGAGUGGUCUGCAGGAGUACCUGAAGGGAGAGAGUCAGAAGGCCAGGAAGAGCCUUGUCUUCAACAGGGUGAAACCCAAGCCUCUGAAGAUGUUUGAACCCCUGAUAGAAGAAACGUGGGACGGCCAGAAGAAGAAGAGUGGCGGUGGCAGCAAGGCGUACAAUGAGAAGCAGCGGCUGCUGCACAAGGUGAAGAAGGAGAUGAAGGGGGCGAUGAGGGAGAUAAGGAAGGACUCGCAGUUCCUGGCCCGGCAUCAGCAGCAGGAGACGAUGGAGAGAGACUCGGACAGGAAGAGAAAGGUCAAGGUCCUCUACGGCCAUCUUGCCAACCAGGAGGGCGAUUACAACAAGCUCAAGAAGAAGAAGAAAAAAUAACCUGCACUUUUCAAAACACUGUACAUAGUGUAAAUAAAAUGUUCAUCAUCAA